AUGUCGAGUGAGCCACGCAUCGUCCUCAUCACCGGGGCAAACAGCGGCGUUGGCCUCGCCACCACCGAAGUCCUGACCACCAUCCCCUCGACCUCGGCCUCGACCACGUUCCACGUAAUAAUGACGGACCGCUCACUAAGCAAACUCGACCAAGCCCGAAACCGACCUCAUCGCCCGCCACGCAAACAACACCACCGACAUCUCCUCCCGCCUGACGACCUGCCACCUCGACGUGCUCGACGACGCGUCCAUCCACUCGGCCUCUUCACCACCAUCUCCUCGCGCAUCGGCCAUCUCGACGCGCUGAUCAACAACGCGGCCAUUGGCAACAGCUCGGACGACGUCCGCGACCGCUUCACCCACCGCCUCACCAAACCGUACAGCAUCUACGUCUCCUCGGGCGCCCGGCAGCUUCGCUCGCACCGGCGACCCGUCUCGUCCGCCAGCGCAUCCACACCCUCGCCCAAAAACCCGGACGCCUACCACGCCAGCAAGGCGGCGCUGAACAUGGUCGCGCUCCUGGAGCAUCGCGCCCACGGACACGAAAUCAACGUCUUCGCCAUGACGCCCGGCUUCGUCGUGAGUAAUCUGCGCGGCACGGACGAGAACCUGCGCCCCUGGCACGGCAUGGCAGGUGAUCCCAUGGUCGCGGGUAGGACGCUGUUGAGCAUCCUGCAGGGUGAGAGGGAUGCGGACGCCGGAGCCGGGCUUGUGCAUAAGGAUGGCGUGUUUGGAUGGUGA